AUGGAGUCCACAGAAGUAUUAAAUCAGUCUCAAGUAUCAGAAUUUAUUUUGCUGGGAUUGACCAACUCCCGAGAUACUCAGUUUUUACUCUUUGCACUCUUCUUAGUUAUCUAUGUGGCCACAAUUUUUGGUAACCUUCUCAUUGUGGUCACAGUGGCUUGUACCCAAAGUCUGAACACUCCCAUGUAUUUUCUCCUUGGAAAUCUCUCCUUUGUGGAUAUGACCCUUGCUUCCUUUGCCACUCCCAAGAUGAUUGUGAACCUGAUCAAAAACCACAAGGCCAUUUCUUUUGCUGGCUGCUUUACUCAGAUAUUUCUUCUUCACCUACUGGGUGGGGUUGAAAUGAUACUGUUGGUUUCCAUGGCUUACGACAGAUAUGUGGCUAUUUGUAAGCCUCUACACUACACAACCAUCAUGAACAAGAAGGUGUGUGUGUUGCUUGUACUGGUUUCAUGGCUCUUAGGUUUCCUUCACUCAGGCCUUCAGAUACCUUUUGUUGUGCACUUGCCCUUCUGUGGUCCCAAUGUGGUGGACAGCAUUUUCUGUGAUCUCCCUCUUGUUUCUAAGCUUGCCUGCAUAGACACCUAUAUUGUACAGAUAGUCAUUGUUGCAAAUAGUGGAGUGAUAUCCCUGAGCUGUUUCUUUCUUUUGCUUAUUUCUUAUAGUCUAAUCUUCAUAACCAUUAGGAAUCACUCUUCUACUGGACAAUCAAAAGCCCGUUCAACUUUGACUGCUCAUAUCACAGUAGUUAUUCUCUUCUUUGGCCCAUGCAUCACCAUUUAUAUCUGGCCUUCCAGCAACCACUCUGUAGAUAAAUUCCUUGCUAUAUUUUAUACUAUCAUCACCCCUAUCUUGAAUCCUAUUAUUUACACUCUGCGAAACAAAGAAAUGAAGACAGCCAUGAGGAAACUAUGGGGAGCCUUUGUGAAUUCUAGAAGCAAUACUUAG